AAACAGCUGUGCAGUGUUUACAGAAAGAAAAGAUUUCAGAUUCUAAUUAAAAUGAGAAAUGAAAAUAAUUGAAGAGGAUUUUCUUGAAGGUUGCAAGGUUGGUACAGUAGUUUGUAAUGAGGAAAUAGAUAUUAAUUGUUGUAAUGGUUGGGGACUCAGACGAGCAGUACGACACGGCCAACCUGAGGUUUGGGGAUACCUGUUGACACAGCCUAACCUGGAUGUAAAUAAAAUUAACCGGUUUGGUCUUUCCGCUCUACAUACAGCAGCCAGGUUUAAUGUCGAAGAUGCUGUUUUGGAUUUACUUAAUCAUCCAAAUAUAGAAUUAAACAACCUUACUGUAAAGGGAAGAACUGUGGAGCAGCUAGUUGGUGUAGCUGCUCCCUCCUGUAAACAACAUUUUAGAGAUGAUAUCCUUCAAGCACUCAAGGCCGAGCAACUUAACAGACUUAAUACUAGGAAAAAGAAACUUACCCUUAACUCAGUUGUUCAUCCUUCGAAAUUUUUGGAGAAACAAGCGAAAGAAAAGAUAAACAGACUUUUGGAGGACAUGCAUGAGCUGCAAAGAGUUGAGAUGGUUAAAUUUCAGGAGGUGAUGGAGGCCAACAGUAAAAAUUUUGAGGAUAGACAGGAUAGACACCUACAAGAGUUCCUAAACAAAAUUGAAGAAGAAAAGGCUUCGUACAUGUCAAAACAGGAAAGGGAUAUGCACUAUUUCCUGGCAGGAUUAGAACUCAAGAAGGUGGCUUUCCUUGACAUGCUGAAGGAGUCCAGGACAGAGUUCUAUCACGAGGAGCAUGUGCGCCUCAUCAAGUUUAAGAAAGAUCAAGAUCAUCAGAAGUCUAGGUUACAAAUAUCAGAUGACAUCAGACCUGUUCUCUUGAAUCAAAGCAUUCCAACUUCACCAAACUCUACAGUUCAGACAAAAGUUGAUCCGUUCAAAAAUAUCUCAGCAAUCAAGAUAAGUAAUCCAUUGCAUCAAUCUACGCCAAAUCUAACCGCAACUCGAAGAAAAUCUCAAGAAAAUAUGGCAAUGUUUUCAAGAAUCUUCUCAGGGUCCCAUGAAAACCUGAGACCCUCCCGUCAACCAACCCCUGAAACUCCAGACCCUCUGUUCUUUAGCAGGGCUAAAAAGUCCCAGUCUGUAGAGAAAAGUACAACUAUGACCCCUGCAGUACCUGAGAUAAGACAAGUGUACACCUCGAGACAGUUUCUCCAGGUGGAGUCGGAGGAUAGAAAACGUCCCGCAUCUCUCUCACCUACCCCAACUUCCCCUAAAGGUGCUAUCUUUCAGCGAUCCUAUUCAUCUGCGCAUCCCAGCAGAGUAGGUUCACCGUUCAAUGGAAUAUCAAAGACCCCAAUAGGUCAACCCGUUCUGCACAAAUCUUUAGAUGAAAGUUACUCUGUGAUGAACCAUCUUGAUGAUGUGAUAAGAAGCUUGCAACAAACCCCGUGGCCGGAAACUAGUUUGGAUAACUAUUCUUUAACCUAUCCACAGUGUAUGGGAGAUAUGCAGACUGGGGAUUCAGUCAAUCUCCAAUCUUUGCUCUUACAGCAGCAGCAAGAGGAGCAGCAGCAAAAACAGCAAGAGCUGCAAAAACAAGAGAGUCAACUUCAGCUUCUGCAACAGCAGCAUGAAUUACAGAUUCAUCAGCAGAAGUAUCAUGAACAGCAACAUCAGAUGCAGUCUAAACAACUGGAACAGAUCCGACAACAGCAGAUUCAGCAUGAUCAACAGCAGAUUUAUCACCUUCAGCAAAUGCAUCAUUUACAAGAACAUCAUCAGAACUAUCAACAACAGCAUCACACAGCUCAACAUCAUCAUCAACAUCGUUCUCAGGAACAACACAACAACAACAACAAUAACAGAUAUCAACAGCAAGUGUAUAAUCCAGAAACAGGGCAAAUAUACUUUCUACAAUUACAGAGCCAUGGAGCUGAAGAAUACCGACAUACAUUCACAACAACGCCCUCUCCUAUACCUUCUCUUGAACUUAUCAACAGCACUGAGCCUUCAUUUAUUAAUGGAGACAGGACUAGAAGAGAUGACAGAGCUAUUGGAUUUGUGAAACCUAUUCUAGCAAAACCUUCAGAUAACAUUUUUAAUUUAGAGCAGGGCCAAGGACGGAAUAUGACCCCUCGUCUUGUCAGAAAGCACAGUAAUGCAAUGGAAGUUGUGAGAGAAGAGGAAGAGGAGCGGGUUAUGUCAGCAGAAGAUUCGGAAAUUAUGUCCAUCACUAACAGUGCGAUAGAAAGCUUAAAUAAAUCUGAUUCUUUCCGCAGUCUGGUCGGAGACGAUUUUAGAGAUGAAUAUCAGCAAACUCAUCCUGGUGAGAAAUUUAUGGAGCUUCCGGACGAAUACGCAACAGUACGCGCAGCAAUGGAUAAUAUAACUGCUCCAGGCGUACAACAAAUCUUUGUACCCAAUGAUCAGAGUGUACUCAACAAACCCCAAUGCAAUGAAUCGAUGAAAGGGGCUGGCCUCGUAAAGUCCAUCUGUAGCAUAACAUAAAUUAAAUUGUAGAAAUAAUAAUAAAAAAAAAAUAUUGUAAAUCAUAAAUAAAAAUCAUAAUUAAUA